AUGGACGGGGAUAACCGCCAAAUUCGCUCAAUUGGAGACAAUGAGAUCGAGGCCCUGAUGAUACUCCGAGAGCGAGCGUCGGACCGUGAUAGCAUCCGCUCUGCCAUCACCGCUGAGUUUCAGGGCCUUUUAGAAAGAUACAAUCAGCUCCUCAACCAAGAGAUCUCCGAUUAUCAUGUCGCAGCAGCAUUGGAGGAUGUGCUAAAGAUACAGAGCCGGCUAGAGUGGCUCUGGGAGAUAUUACACGACAUUCUCAAGGAGGAGGCAUUGGAUGAAGAGGUAUUCGCGAUCCUCACCCACUGGGACUGA